AUGUCGAAGCCUCUCGUCUUUAUCACUGGCGCUUCUGGCCAUAUCGGCUUCGCCGCUCUAGCACUGCUCCUCAAGAAAGGCUACCGAGCCCGCAUUGCAAGCCGCAAACUCGCAAAGGCCCAAAAACUUAAAGAUCUUCCCACUAUCAAAUCCUAUGUGGACUCCAUUUUCUUCGUUGAGAUCCCAGACUUCUUGGCCAAGAACGCGUUCGAUGAAGCCGUCAAAGAUGUCGGCUACAUUGUCCGCGUCGCCUCACCUAUCCCAGAUGAUUCCCUGGUAGGCCAGGUAUUCGACAUCAAAGAGACAUACAUCGCACCCGCCAUCCAAGGCGACGUCGGCGUGCUUGAAGCCGCCCAAAAAUCCCCUUCGGUCAAGCGCGUGAUCAUCACAUCCUCCGUCGCUGUUCUUUCUCCAAAAGGAGGCUCCACCAGCGUCGGCCCCGACAAUCUCGCUCCACUGCCCAAGAUCGAGAAGAUCGCUCAAAAUCCCUGGAUCGCGUACAGAGCGUCCAAGAUCCUCGCCAACGCAGCGGCUCAAGAGUGGGUUGAAAAACACAAUCCCCAUUUCGAAGUCGUCCAUAUCUUACCCUCGUACGUACAGGGGCGUCAUGAACCCGCGACUUUGGCCCAGGACCUCGUCGACCGCAUCAGCUCCAACAGCACCAUGAUCAAUUUUGUCCUCGGCCACGAAGAGACCCAACCCCGUCCGAGCGACUUGGUUCUCGCCGACGACGUCGCGGCUACGCACGUCGCGGCUCUGGAGUCCAAGGAUCGAGUGGCUGGAGAUCGAGCAUGUGGUGAAGAGAUUGUUUCCCAGGGAAGUCGGGAGCGGUGUCUUGUCUCUUGGUGGCGAGCAACCUGGGUAUGGGUUGAGGUUUGA